AUGGUCUUGUUUAGAUCUCUAGCCGUCUAUUUUCUUGUUGCUUUUCUUUCGCAACCACAUUCUUCAUACGCACAGUACGACAGCGGUGAUGGCAGCGACGGUGGGCCUUCUACAGUUGUCGAGACACCAGUAUGGAAGUGUAACGGUACCGCUCUCACGCAACGCACCCUCGAUGGGACGUGCAAUAAUGUCAAAAAUUCUAACUGGGGAGCCGUAAACAGACCUUUCUCCAGAGAUGGUUUCCAGCCAAACUAUGCACCAAACACUAACAACACACCAUGGAUAGAUAUCGAUGUUAGGAUGAUAUCUAAUGCUCUGGCAAGCAACGGACAACCACCUAACUUUGUUGGAAAUCCCGUUGGGGAUGACAUACUAUCGACAACCAGAAAAUCAAUGUUCGAAAUUUUUUUUGGCCAAUUUGUUAAUCACGAUCUCGAAGAGGAUGCACUUGAUACUGGUUCUGCGCAAACACAAAUUGCCAACGUGUCAAAUGACCCAAUAUUCUACAAUGCACAAGAUAAUCCAUGGAAUGCAAACUUUGUUCCAUACAUGUCACUAUCACCAUCAUUGGGCAACAUAAUAAACGGACAUUUUCUUUCGUUUACUCACGGCAAUGCAUUUCUGGAUUUAUCAACCAUAUACGGGAAUAGCAUAACUCUCAAUGACAAAUUGCGCACAAAGAAAGAUGGUCUUCUUCUUACUAAAACCUAUUACGGCAAUGGCGGUGCAUAUAACACAGACAUCAAGAAUGUCUCACUUCCAAAUUAUCCUCCCUCUGCGUUCGACACAGGAGUUCUCCCCAAUCUUGCCGCCCCUACCAUCGAUGACAGAGAGGCAAUGAUUAGCGGAGACACACGCUGUUCAGAAAACAUACAAUUAUGCCUAAUACACACGAUAUGGAUCAGAGAGCAUAAUUACCAGGCAGGAGAGCUCAAGAAAAAGAAUCCAAAAAUGAGCGACGAGGAAUUGUUCCAAGCUGCCAGACGAUGGGUUAUUGGCGAAUAUCAACACAUAGUGUUUGAAGAAUAUCUUCCAGCAGUAUUAGGUUUCAAACUGCCGCCUUACAAAGGAUACGACCCUAAUUUGCCCCCGGAGACCUCUGUCAAUUUUGCCUCGGCUGCGUUCCGAUACGGACACUCCGUCGUCAGACCGUAUACCAUCAUCGAUGGAUGCAAAGAUCAACCAAUCUUUCUUCACCCUUCAUACCAGUUCCCAAAUACGAACCCGAAUCGUUUCUACUUUCUUGGAAAAUCUCUGCCCAUUCCCGUAGACAGACAUUCUUACUUGGAUGCUGGGAGUUUGGAUUAUACGCCGUCAAGAAUGCUGGCUUUGGCUUCGGGAUCUGAAUACGGAAACGGAAUGGACAAUAUCAUUGUUAGUAUGCUUAGACAGAGGACGGCUGAAUUUGAUAUAGAAAUUACCAAUGCUUUAAGAAAUGCGCCCAUGGUUGUUGAUUUAUAUGCUUUCGACAUUGCAAGAGGCCGACUGAACGGUGUUCCACCGUACAACGAGCUCCGUAAAAAAUUCCAUCCUGCCGGUGACCUCUAUUCAUACGAUGAAUGUAAAGCUGCUGACGCACAAGACUCCAUUGAUUGUUUCAAACUAAUCACUACCAACCUUACAAUCGCCCAAAAUCUCCAAAAUAUUUACGGCAAAGUUUCAAAGAUUGAUGCCGUUGUCGGAAUGUUUGCAGAGGAAAAAUCACCCAAUGUACCACUUCCGCCAACUAUUACUAAUAUCUUGAGAAAUGAAUUUGAGAUUAAGCGACAAGCAGAUAGGUUUUGGUAUGAGGGUGAUACUUAUACGCAAGAGGAACAGGACGCAUUGAAGAAAGUGACGAUGAAGGAGAUUAUUGAGAGAAAUACAAACGUUUUUGAUGUGCAAAUAAACCCCUUUAAGGAUCCUGGGCCGAAUGAUACGAUCGCCAAAGCUAAAUGCUCAACAACCAGCAACUACGUUCCAUCAGUUCCGAGUUUAGGAUCUGGUUCCGGUGGAACAUCAGACGGAUCAUCCGCCACCGGACUGGACUCAAAGCCACGUGUUUCAUAA